CGUCGGACAUACAGAAGCUAUGUGAUGCGUGAUGGCCGCUCUCCACUUCCUUUUUAUGGCGGACGCCUGAGUUCGCUUGAUGUGCUUAUGUGUAAAGAAGACUAGUUAUAAGUAAACCACAAGAAUGUCUUUAUCUACGGCUCGCCCGUUGGUGAGCAUAUACACCGAAAAGUCGGAGGCUGUGAAGGAUAAGGUGCUCGGUCUGCCUUCAGUCUUCAAGGCGCCCAUCCGCCCCGAUGUCGUCAACUUCGUGCACCAGCAGAUGUCGAUGAACCAUCGCCAGCCGUACUGCGUUAGCAACAAAGCUGGUCAUCAGACUUCUGCUGAAUCAUGGGGUACCGGUCGCGCUGUCGCCCGUAUUCCACGUGUCCGUGGUGGCGGUACCCACCGCUCCGGCCAGGGUGCGUUCGGCAACAUGUGCCGUGGAGGUCGCAUGUUCGCUCCGACCAAGCCAUGGCGCCGCUGGCACCGACGCAUCAACGUCAACCAGCGCCGUUAUGCUUUGGCAUCCGCGGUCGCUGCGUCUGGCGUGCCUGCGCUCGUCAUGAGCAAGGGCCAUGUCAUCGAUCAGGUCCCUGAACUGCCAUUCGUCGUCUCCGACAAGGUGCAGGAGCUCACCAAGACUAAGCAGGCGGUUAUCUUCUUGCGCAGGGCUAAAGUUUGGGGUGAUAUCCAAAAGGUUUACAAGUCGCAGCGUUUCCGCGCUGGUAAGGGUAAGAUGCGUAACCGUCGUCGCAUCCAGCGUCGCGGUCCCUUGAUCGUCUACCACAAAGACCAGGGUUUACGCCGUGCUUUCCGCAACAUCCCCGGCAUCGACCUCAUCAGCGUCGAGAAGCUUAACCUGCUGAAACUCGCGCCCGGUGGUCAUGUCGGCCGCUUUGUCAUCUGGACUCAGUCUGCAUUCGAGAAGUUGGACAAACUGUUCGGCACCUGGAAGAGCAACUCGCUCGAAAAGAAGGGCUACAAUCUGCCCCAGCCCAAGAUGGCCAACACCGACCUCUCCAAGUUGUUGAAAUCCGAGGAAAUCAAGAGCGUUCUCCGUGCGCCACAGAAGAAGGUUGAACGUCGUGUACGUCGUCUCAAUCCAUUGACUAACGCCAAGGCCAUGCUCAAGCUGAACCCGUACGCGGCCGUCCUUAAGAGGCAGGCUAUUCUCGCCACCAAGAAGCGCGCGCUCCUGAGGGAAGAGGAACUCGCAAAGAAGCGUGGUAUCAAGCUGGCCGCUGAUCAUCCAGUGGUGAGGUCCGCCAAGAUGCAGGCCAAGCGGCGAGCGCAGAUCCUGAAGGACAGGAAGAAGAAGCCGAAGACUGCGAAGAAGGCGGCGCCGGCGAAGAAGUAACCGCUUACCACAUCAUAUGAGUUUUAAAAUUAUUACAUCUGUGGUAUCAGGUUAUUAUUUGUAUCUAAAAAAAAGUUGAAAAUCGG